GGAUGACGCGCGUUCACCUGAAUACGAGAAUUUCUUCCUAGCCUUCUAUUCUUAGUGCCAUUGUUCUGCAUCCCUCAGGGGGUAAGCGCCCCUGUAAAAGCCAGUUAGUGGUGCACUGUGGCGGAGCAACGGGCUCCCCCUGGCUCGCUAAUCCUGGACGAAUCGUUCGCGCACCACAACGCCGACGGAGCGAUCCACGGUGUUUUAGUGUGUGCAUGGCGCAGCCUUGUUUGUUCGGCAGACCUCGUUUUUCUUUCGCCAUCCCCCCAGAAACUGUUUCUUGUUCUUUUUAAACUCAUCAGAUCCCCCGUCCCGGAACUCAGAUCUGUAUAGAGCCUUGCUGCUACAUAUAGAUCAAAAUUGUCGAACAUGGCUACUCUACACGACGACUUCGGCAACCCUACUCGCAGAGACGUAUCCAAGCCUCCGUUGUGGAACCCUCGCUUCUGGUCAAGACGGGUCUGGAUCUUUAGCGGCUUCAUUGUCAUUGUAAUCAUUGUUGUGGCCGUGGUUGCUGGUGUUCUUGCCAGCAAGAACUCCUCUGGCUCUUCUUCAGGCGCAUAUCCCAACUACUCUCCUCUAUCCUACCAGCUUCAGGACACUAUUGGCGUAGCAAAUUUCUUUGAUAACUUCAACUAUCGUGAAGGCUACGACCCUGCCUUAGGCUUUGUCCACUACAACCCAGAGCCAGCCGCCAAGCAGAGAAAUCUGACUGGUACUUCUUCUGAUGGCAAGUCUGUCUAUCUCCGUGUCGACACCACUGGCAACAAUGAGACAACUGGCCGCCACUCUGUCCGUAUCGAAUCCAAGAAGCAGUACGACAAGGGCCUUUUCAUCUUUGAUAUUCAGCACACCCCUUACGGCUGCGGAACAUGGCCGGCUCUCUGGCUUACCGACCCUGAGACUUCCCACUGGCCUUCCAAUGGCGAGAUCGACAUCAUGGAAGCCACCAACAACGGCGUCGAUGGAAAUGCCAUGACCCUCCACACUUCUAGCCAAUGCUCCAUGGAUGUCCGCAGAAACAUGACGGGAAGUGCUGGAAAGACAAACUGCGAUGUCACGGCAGACGGUAACUCUAACGCUGGAUGUGGCGUCUCCGCCAACAAGGCCUCGUACGGAGAAGAGUUCAAUAAGCAGGGUGGCGGUAUCAUGGCUGUCGAAUGGCGUGACGCCGGCAUCCGCAUGUGGCAAUUUGCUCGCGGUGCCAUCCCCAGCGAUAUCACCAACAAGACUCCCAAGCCCGAAACCUGGGGAGUGGCAGUUUCCGACUUCCCCAGCACAAGUUGCAACAUCGGCUCCCACUUUAAGAACAACUCCAUUGUUGCCAACAUCGACCUCUGUGGCCAGUUGCUGAAUGGCAAGCAAGGAGCAUAUGCUACAUCUGGAUGCCCCCUGACUUGCGAGAAGAUGGUUGCUGAACAUCCCGAAGCAUUUGACAAUGCCUACUGGAAGUUUGGUGACUUUUUGGUUUACCAAGCAUCGUAGAGCUCUGCAGCAGGUCUACAUGAUUUUAUAUAAAAGAAGUAUCAGUUAGGGUGCGUAAUGGUUGGAUGACGGUCAGAAUGAAAUGAAAUAGCUUUUGUACAAUUAUAUCCAGAGACACCAG